AUGGUGCAAAAUAAGAUCAGCGAAGUCACUGGAUUCCAUCGCUCUUUUAAGGGCCAAAAUCCUUUUGAAGCAGAUGACUUCACCAAAAAUGGAUCUCAUCUUAUAGAUUCAACAUUUGAUUUUGAUUCCUCCCCAAGGCAUGGUAGGUAUUUUAGAAAUUUACCUUCCAGCCAGCCCAUUGAUAUACCAGAUGCCAAGAAGAGAAACAAGAAGAAGAAGCGUUGCAGGGCAACGGAUAGUUUCUCAGGACGUUUUGAAGAUGUAUACAGACUACAGGAUGAAGUACUGGGAGAAGGUGCCUAUGCCAGAGUGCAGACUUGCAUAAACCUUAUAACCAACAAAGAAUAUGCGGUCAAGAUAAUUGAAAAAAGGCCAGGCCAUAGCCGCAGUCGUGUCUUUCGGGAGGUCGAAAUGCUCUACCAAUGCCAGGGCCACAGUAACAUCCUGGAAUUGGUGGAGUUCUUUGAAGAGGAGGACAAAUUCUAUCUAGUGUUUGAAAAGCUCAGAGGAGGGUCAAUUUUGGCACACAUUCACAAGAGGCAGCACUUCAGUGAGCAAGAAGCCAGAGUUGUCGUGCAGGAUAUUGCCAGAGCUUUGGAUUUCCUGCAUAACAAGGGAAUGGCACACAGAGAUCUCAAACCUGAAAACAUCCUCUGUGAAAGUGCAGACAAGAUUUCACCUGUGAAGAUUUGUGACUUUGACUUGGGCAGUGGUAUCAAACUGAACAGUGAUAGUUCACCCAUCUCCACCCCUGAGCUUCUCACACCUUGCGGCUCAGCAGAGUACAUGGCACCUGAAGUGGUGGAGGCCUUCAGUGAGGAGGCCACCAUUUAUGAUAAGCGAUGUGAUCUCUGGAGCCUAGGAGUCAUCUUGUACAUCAUGCUUAGUGGUUACGCACCCUUUGUAGGCCACUGCGGGGGUGACUGUGGUUGGGAAUUGGGGGAACCCUGCCACAGAUGCCAGAACACACUCUUUGAAAGUAUUCAGGAAGCAAAGUAUGAGUUUCCUGACAAAGACUGGGCUCAUAUUGCCUCAAGUGCCAAAGACCUGAUAUCCAGACUACUGGUUCGGGAUGCCAAAAAUCGCCUUAGUGCUAGCCAGGUGCUACAGCACCCUUGGGUGCAGGGGGAUGCAUCUGAUACCUUGCCAACACUGGUUUUUCAUCAGAGAAGCAGCAACGCGAGGGAUCUGACCUUCUUUGCGGACAAGGCCAUGGCUGUGAACCGGCAGCUGGCCGAACAAGAUGGAAUGGAAGAGCAGCAGCAACAGCAGUUGGAGACCCCCUUUGUGGUCACUGCUACCGGGUCUUCCAUGCGCCUCUCGCCUCCUUCCAACUCGAAGCUGGCCAGGCGAAGGCAGCGCAACAGCCAGCCUAAGGGCGGCCCCGUCUCUGCUGCUGAACUCCGUCAGCUCCUGGCCCCUCUUGUUAUUGUGGGGGACUGUGCCUGA